GAGAGAGAGAGAGAGAGAGAGAGUUGGACCCGUGCGCUCCGCUCCAUCGAUAUUACGUCAUGCGUAAAGAGAGAGAGGCAGAGAAAGAGAGGGAGACAGAGAGAGAGAGGUAGAGAGUGGUAGAGAGAGAGAGAGAGAGGUAGAGAAAGAGAGAGAGAGGUAGGGAGAGGGAGAGAGAGAGAGAGGGAGAGAGAGAGAGAGAGUUGGACCCGUGCGCUCCGCUCCAUCGAUCCAGUGGCGCACAGCGGAGCUUCUACCGGACGUUGGCCGCAGUUCCCGAGCUCUCUCGGGGGUUUCUGUUCGGGGGGGAUUCGCUGCUUGCAACAUGCUCCUGGGCAAUUUGGUAGUGGUCGUGAUCUGCCUGUGGGGAAGUGAUGUCAGCAGAGCGUAUGUGUUUCAAGCGAGCCGACCGGCCGAGGGCGGAGACAACCCACCGCCCCACACCAAAGUCAUCUCCGAGUGGGUCAGCUCGGCGGGCUCCUGUAAGGGCCGCUGCUUCGAGCUGGACGAGGCCAAACCUCCGGGAUGCCGAUGUGACAACCUGUGUAAAACCUACUAUAGCUGCUGCUCCGACUUCGACGAGCACUGCCUGAAGACGGCGGGGGGAUUCGAGUGUUCCCAGGAACGCUGUGGCGAGGAGAGGAACGACGACCACGCCUGCCACUGCUCCGACGGCUGCCUGGAGAGAGGAGACUGCUGCUCCAACUACAAGUCGCUGUGCCGAGGUGAGACUUCAUGGGUGCAGGACGACUGCGAGGAGAUCAAGAGCGCUGAAUGUCCUGCAGGCUUCAUCCGUCCUCCCCUCAUCAUGCUCUCUGUCGACGGAUUCAGAGCCUCCUACUUGAAGAAGAGCAAAUCUGUCAUCCCCAACAUACACAAGCUCAGGUCGUGUGGUACGUCUGCGCCCUACAUGCGACCAGUCUACCCGUCAAAGACCUUCCCAAACUUAUACACGCUGGCCACAGGUCUCUACCCAGAGUCACAUGGGAUCGUGGGCAACACCAUGCACGACCCGGUGUUUAACGCCACCUUCAGCCUGCGCACAAGAGAGAAACUGAACCACCGCUGGUGGGGCGGACAGCCGAUAUGGAUCACGGCCGAGGAACAAGGAGUGAAAGCAGGCACUUUCUUCUGGCCUUGGUACUUAAGUUGGGUGAUUCCUCUGGAGAGGAGGAUCCUGACCAUCCUGCGGUGGCUUCAUCUGCCGGAUGACGAGAGGCCGUACGUCUACGCCGUCCACUCGGAGCAGCCCGACACCUACGGACAUCGCCUGGGGCCGCUCAGCAGCGAGCUGGACAACCCCCUGAGGGAGCUCGACAACAUCAUCGGUCAGCUGAUGAGCGGCCUGAAGCAGAUGAACCUGCAUCGCUGCGUCAACGUCAUCAUCGUAGGAGACCACGGGAUGGAGGAGGCUCACUGCGACCGGACCGAGUUCCUCAGCAGCUACCCGCUCAACAUCGACGAGAUCACGCUGAUCCCCGGCUCGCUGGGCCGGAUACGACCCCGCGACCCCAAGUCCACCACAUAUGACCCCAAAGUAGUUGUGGCUAACCUCACCUGCAAAAUGCCGUCUCAGCACUUCAAGCCGUACCUGAAGCAGCAUUUACCCAAGAGGCUUCACUACGCCAACAACCGCCGGAUCGAGGACGUCCACCUGCUGAUGGAGAGGAAGUGGCACAUCGCCAGGAAAAUGCCAGAGAAACUGAGGACUCGAUGUGGUUUCUUUGGCGACCACGGCUUCGACAACAAGAUCACCAGCAUGAGGACGAUCUUCAUGGGCCACGGGCCGAGCUUCAAGUUCCAGAAGAGCGUUCCAGAGUUCGAUAACAUCGAGUUAUACAACGUCAUGUGUGACCUGCUCGGACUGAAGCCGGCGCCGAACAACGGGACCCACGGCAGCCUGAACGACAUGCUGAAGGAGCCGCCGCACCGGCCCAGCAUGCCGGAGGAGGUGACGCCGCCGGCGCCCGACGCCGCGGUCGCCACGCCGACGGACGACCUGGGCUGCAGCUGCGACGACGAGAACAAAGUGGAGGAGACGAUCGAAGCUUUCAGUCCGGCAGCGGAUGGAAUCUACAGCUACAACAGCACCCAUCUGCCAUUCGGCCGCCCGGCGGUGAUGUUCGACGCUCGGUACAGUUUGCUCCAUCACGUGGAGUUCAUCAGCGGAUACAGCGAAGAGCUGCUCGCGCCUCUGUGGACGUCGUACACGCUGCCACGACAGGAGGACGUGACUCCGGUGCCGGAGGUCUCCGCCGGUGGUCCGUGCGUCCGGGUCGACCCCAGAGUGUCGUCGGAGCACAGUCAGAGCUGCACCGCCUACGGCCACAACAGCCACCUCACCCACGGCUUCCUGUUCCCCCCAGAGCUGGCCUCGUCUCCCGAGUCCAGAUACGACGCGUCGCUCAUCACCAACACCGUUCCCAUGUUUCCCGCCUUCAAGAGAAUGUGGAGUUACCUACAGGGGACGCUGCUGAGACGCUACGCCGAGGAGCACGACGGCAUCAACGUCCUCGCCGGGCCCGUCUUCGACUACGACCACGACGGACUCCGCGACACCGCAGAGAAGAUAAGAGAGUUCUCGGCCGACGCGCCGCCCGUCCCCACCCACUUCUACACGGUGGUGACGAGCUGCGAGGGGCUGAACCAGACGCUGGACGAGUGUGACGGCGCGAUGAAGGUGUUUGCCUUCCUGCUCCCCAACAGACCGGACAACACUGAAGCCUGCAAUAGCGCCGACGACGAGUCGCAGUGGGUCGAGGACCUGCUGAAGCUCCACACGGCGCGAGUCCGGGACGUGGAGAUCCUGACGGGCCUGGACCUGUACCGGUCCACCAACCUCACCUACACCAGCACGCUGAGCCUCAAGACGCGCCUGCACACCUUCGAGAGCGACGACUAGACGCACACUCGCAGGCAGACACACACACACACACACACACACACACACACACACACACACACACAGGACGUAGCCGUUCUAUAGAAGUCCUGCGGUUUCUCGCGGGACGGCCCAGCACAUCGUUUGUUCCACUCCGGAAGGAAACUGCCGGGAAGGUUGCUUGGAAAAGGGGGAGCACUUUUUUUUUGUGUGUGUUGAUUUGAGAAGAAGUUGUAGCCUGAAGAUUAAAAACAGGAAUAUUUAGUAGCAGCCAUAAAAUCUGAGAGAAAGAAUACGCUAGCACGGGAAACGACGCAGGACGGAGGACUUUCAUAAAUACAGUAUACACACGGUACAGCACAUCCUCAUCCUCCUGCAGCUCCAUGACUGUACGUGAUGUACACUUCAUAUUCCCACUGACCAUCCAUUGCAUGUGGUAGAAUUAAAAUGAAAAAAAAGAAAAGAUGACCGUGUCCUUUCUAACUUUUGGAACUCCUAGUUUUCUAACGGAUCAUUGUGACGACUUCACCUCCAUGUUCACGCUGUGUUAAUAAGAAGACGACAACUGAAGCCUGAGAAGUUGAUGAAAUUAAUCUACAAUAAAAAACGUGAAAGUC